AACACAGUAAACAACCGAAAUGAAGGCUGUGUAUUUUUGUCUCGCCAUUGCACUUGAACUGGGCUUUCAAACCAUACCUUCAGAUGCACUUCCAUUGGCUAAAGACGAGCCAGUUACAAAAACUCCCGAGGUAAAACAGACUCAAUAUCAACUUCAGAUAACCAGGAAGCCUGUCAAUGGAACAGUUAAAUCAAAUGGAGUCCCUCGUUGUGGAGUAACUGACUUUGAGGCGUUUUCUGUUUUUCCUGGCACACCUAAAUUUAACAAGAAUGAUCUCACCUACAGGGUACGGCAAUAUACAAGAGACUUGAGUGAGGCCACUGUGGAUGAAGUUUUGAGACGAGGUUUUAAACAUUGGAGUGAUGUUACUCCACUAUCGUUUCGAAAGACAGAUGCUAUCGCAGAUAUUGAAAUUAUCUUUAGUAGUGGAGAACAUGGAGAUGGAGUUCCUUUUGACGGAUCAGGUGGGGUUCUGGCUCACGCCUUUGCUCCUGGACCAGGCCUUGGAGGCGAUGCUCAUUUUGAUGACGCUGAGAUUUGGACAACAGGAAAUGAUGGAAUCAACUUGGAGAUAGUUGUCACACAUGAAGUUGGACAUUCUCUGGGACUUGGUCAUUCGAAUAAGAGAGACGCUGUGAUGUUUGCCACCUACUUUUUUAGGGAUCCAUUUAUGCUUUCGCCUGAUGAUGUUAGAGGAAUCCAGUUUUUAUACGGACGCCCAGUUGCGCCACCAGGCACAAAUCCAACACAAGGACCGUUACCCUGUGAUCCGGAUGUGUUCAUGGAUGCUGCUGUCAGAUUCAAUAGAAAUUUUCUUUUCUUCAAGAAUGGGUUCUAUCGGACUGCAAGGUCUUCAAGCAUAAUUCCAGUGAACAGCACUUGGCCAAGUAUCACAUCAAAUAUUGAUGCUGCUGUUGAGUACAGCAGGAGACGCCAAAGGAGAAACAAUAUUCUCUUCUUCACAGGAGAUCAAUACUGGCAUUUCACUGGGACUGUUCUGAAUUCAGGGUUCCCAAAGCCCAUCUCUACGCUUGGUUUUCCAAGUAGUGUUAGCAAAAUAGAUGCCGCUAUGCGAGUCGGAGGGCGGUCGAUAGUAUUUUUUGUGGGAAAUCAAUUCUGGAGGUAUGAUACACUCAUGAACCAAAUGAGAGGAAGACCAAGAUUAAUAAAUAAAGUUUUUGCAGAAAUUUCGACUGUGAAUGCAGCCUUUUCACAUAAUCGGAGAUUUUACCUCACAAGUGGACCUUCUGUGUUCAUAUUCAGUGGACGGCGAUUGGUCAGGCGAUUUGAACCACAACCCUGGCUAAACUGUGAAUAACUGACCUGCCUUUCUCCCAGACUGCUGGGGUCCAACACUGAGAAUGUUACUUUCAGAGGAUGGAUAUAUGAUUAUAGAUAUAAGGCAAAAUUAGCUCAAUGAAGCUUAAUUACUAACUCUUUCACAAUACAAUUGUUGCAUUUAAUUUUGAAUUAAUUAAUCAGCUGAUUUAAUUGUUCAAACUUGUAAUGAGAAUGUCAAUACGACAAUUAAGCAUUAAAA